AUGUGGAAGAAUGAAGUGAAGAGCAUACCAAGGGUUGGUAGUAUUACAUUCGCAGAUUGUUGGAAGGUACCAUUGGACAAGGUGUUCUGGGGUGAUGUUUCUGGAUUCUUGUUGGAGAUGAAGGCAACUCAUGGACCAGACCUAGAGAUAAGUCUCGAUCUUUCAUCAAAAGACAGCAUUCGACAACAAACAACAUUACCGAUUGAUAGGUUGUACCUUGUGGAAGAGAUGCCUGAUUCAAUCUUACACUCAUCAAUGCUGCCUCCAACCGUGACCAGUCUCGACUUCGCUCUGCACAGUGAUGAACAAGUGGGCAAACAACUUGAUCUGGCCGACUCAAAUUCAAUCAGAACAUUGAGCAUCACAAGCCUUCUCACGGAGCAGCCAUUGGACGGCUCACGACUCCCUCGUUCACUCACUGAACUACGUUUAUACAAUGGGUUCUGCCAGCCGAUGACCAACCUCCCUCCCAGCCUCACCAGCUUGUACCUUGGCACCCCGAACUACCCUUUCACCAUCCACCAUACACCUUUGAUCCAGUUGUGGGUCAACCAAUCAACGGCCCUCUCGACCAGCCUCCCCUACAUUAAUCUCCGCGAGCUCAUCCUCAAGUCAACCGAUGUCAUAGUGCUCGAUCAGAUCACUUCACUCAACUAUCCUGUGUUGGAGAAGCUGAUCACCGGAUCGAUUGUGGAUGCGACUCCUUGCUCUCAACCAAUCAAUCUGUCGACACUUCCUACAUCACUAACAUGGUUGGAGAUUGAUCCAAAACGAGCGACUACGCCCAUUCCCGAGGGCGUCCAGCAUCUCACCAUCACAUUCCCCAAGACCACAAUGCUAGCGUUGUCCACAAUACUAUGCGACAAGCCAUCAUCCAAACUUCAUACAUUGGUACUAAAUUGUUAUGGACGUAGAUUGCAGGAGAGUGACAUACCAUCAUCAUUGACAAGUCUGACACUAUAUCAAUACAAACAACCAUUGGAUCAAUGUGUGUUGAAGCCAUCACUUCGCAACCUUGAGCUACCAGACAGUUCCGAUCACAUUGCAGCACAACUACAACAACUUCCAACUACCAUUGUGCAACUUGAAAUAUGUCUCCUCCGAGAUCGAAUCAAACUCAGACGACUGUCCCCAACACUCUUCCUACAAUCUCAUCACAACCUCGGUCAAUAUUGCUUCAUUCACCUUGACACAUUCUUACAGAGAAUAAAAGAAAUGAAGUAA